AAACGUGACUAGUACACAACCACCACAAAAGGGAGGAGUUUUUUAAUUCGCGAAGAAUUGAAAGUUUGAUAAAGGAAUAAUAGUAUAGAAUGCUUGUGCUAGUAAUUGGUGAUUUUCAUAUUCCUAAUCGAUCACCAAAAUUAUCUGAAAAGUUUCGGCAGCUUUUGGUUCCUGGAAAAAUCAAUCAAAUUAUAUGUUUGGGAAACCUGACGAGUCCAUCUAUAUAUGACUAUUUAAAGCAUGUAUGCGCAGAUUUAAAACUAGUAAGAGGAGCUUAUGACAUAGAAAACAAAUCGCCGAUAGCUGGAAAGUUGAUAUUGGGCUCUUUCAAAGUAGCAUACACAAGCGGGCACCUAAUUGUCCCUCAGGACAGUCCUGAAGCUUUAAGUAUACUAGCUAGAGAAAUGGAUGCUGAUAUUGUUCUUUAUGGAAAUACGCAUAAGUUUUCUGCCUUUGAAUUGGAUAAUUGCUUCUUUGUGAAUCCUGGUUCCGCAACAGGAGCACCGACCGUAUCGGCUGCUAACGAUGAUACCAAAAUAACACCCAGUUUCGUAUUAAUGGAUGUUCAGGGGGCUGUUCUUAUUUUAUACGUUUACCGAAUUUUCGAUGGAGAAGUUCGAGUGGAAAAAAUGCAGUACAGAAAGCCAGAAUAAGUUUAAUUCAUCAUUAGUUAUAACUAGGCUUUCAACGUAAUUUCGCGGACUUAUUUCAUUUCAUAGGAAUACGAAUGAUUACUUUUCUUCUUUCGUUUGCUUGCAAUGACCGAUAUACGCCUACAACUAGCUUGUGUAAUUUGAAUUUAAAUAAUGUAUGGGCCUACUGCGAGUCGAGAAUCUUCGCUCAAGAUUUAUCAUGACACUAAAGGAAUGUUAUAAUAAAAACCUAAUUUGAUUACCUU